AUGCUUGGUGACUGCGAAGUGCGCGGCCCGGCGAAAAUUGCGAAAUGGGGCAACUUUCAAGAGACGCCCAACUGGCUGGUCACUUUCGAAGAACCCGCGAGCGACGCUGGUGACCAACUGGCAGUCGAUGGUGACCGCCAAGGGCUGCCGCUAGUGGCGCGCGCGGACGGUCCGGACGGCAUUGAAUGGGCGACGGACGUGGUGAACGGCCUGGCGGUAAUAGUGGUGGUCGCUGCUGAGGCAGCUUGUCAAGUUGCAGUGGAGCGUCGCUGGGAGCUGGCGUGGCUCACUGCUGGAACACAUCGGCUCACGGAUCGCCGCUACGUUCGUCGACUUCGCCCUGAAGUGGAGCGUGCUGGCCAAGUUAUGCGUCAUACGCUACUGCAGGCCCUGCUGGCCACCCCGUUGGUUGUGCUGGAGUCUAAGGGCGAGCAUGAAGACGGGCUGGGGAGGUUGCUCUACAAGUGGCUUGACGAUUUGCACGAGUGGUGGUGCGCGUGCUCCAAGUACUGCACGGGCGCGAGUCUGGAGUCUGGCCGUUCGGUCGCCCGUGCCAAGCUUGUCGCCAAGGUAGUAUGGACGCUGACGUCCCUGAUCUUGUUCUCGGCGUUCUACGCCGUGCUGUUCACCUACGAAGUCGUCGAGUGGAUCUACCAGGGCGUGGCCGGCGUGUUCGCUGUAGUCGUGCUGGCGUCGGCGGGCGAGCGUUCGCCGCUGACUAUGGCCACGGAGGGCUACGCUGCGUGGUACGCGGCUCUCGAGGAUCAGGAGCAGGCUGAGCGUCUAAGUGAGGCAUUUUGGAGGAUGGACGGCGGGGGGCAAUGCGCCGAGAGUGCAGGUGCGGACGCGAAGUGGAUUGCAGACCGAACGGAGGGCCUGGCAAGUAUGGAGCGAAGUGAAUCAAGCUGCGUGCACUCGGCGAGGACGCCGAGACGCAGUCGGGGAGGAUGUCCCGAGUCGGAACGGCUCGGACCGUUCCAACUCUGCGUGGGCGACGAUGAGUGA